UCAGUUUUAUUCAGCAGCAGCAGCUCCUGUUUGUCAUCUUUACUCACCUUGCUGCGGGCAACAGCCAGCUCAGUGUACUCAGAAUACAUCCCGAUGAUCAUCAGAUCAUGUUUCAGCUCGUCAGGCUGCUUUAGUUCAUGGUGUAAAUACUGUGAGCCACGUUCCAACCAGCGGGGGGCGCUAAUGAGUCACUGUGCGAACCGCCCAACACGAACAAGAAGUUAGCCGGCGGCGGAGUGUCACCGGGCAGCGGGGAGACAGUGACCGUCUCUGAGGUGAGUUUGUCAGUGCGAUGCCGCGGAUCAGUCCGGAGGCGGAGCUGCGGACUCUGGCAGAGUGUCGCUACAGCUUCCCAGCAGAGACUCUGUCAGACCUGCAGGCGGUUCGGGCUCGGUUCUCCGACCUUCGACUCUACGUCGAUUUCUACUGUUUCCCGAACAACGAGAAGAAGAAGCUGCUGUAUCUGGCCGGAACACUUCCUGUUUACUACGAAGGAGCUGAGUAUAAUAUCCCGGUGUGCAUCUGGCUCCAUGAGACCCACCCGGCAUCCCGUCCUCGCUGCUACGUCUGCCCGUCUGUCACCAUGGUGAUCAAUCCGUCCUGUCCCUGCGUGGACGCCUACGGAAACAUCAGCGUAGAGACGCUCAACAGCUGGUCUCAGGGUGUGUCCAACCUGUCACAGCUGGUGUCAGAGAUGAGGCGGGUCUUCCAGAAGGACAUGCCCCUCUUUGCCAGGCAACCUGUCCAAGCCCCGCCCCCUGCAGGUGUCCAAGUGUUACAGUCAGCUGACAGUGUCCUCUCGUCAUCCUCAUCCCAGCACAGUGUCUCUCCCUCCUCGUCUCACCUGUCUGAACACCCAGCCAGCCGAUUGGAGCUGCGCAUGGUGAGGGCGGGCCGUUCGUACACUGAGGAGCUGCUGGGCAUUGACUUCAGCGCUCCUCCUCCAUCCCCAUCCAACAGCAACCCCUUCAUUCGCUCCUCCCCUUCAGGAGCCCACCUUAAAGACCCUCUCAGCAGGCAAAUGGGAGCUCUGAGGCUGGAUGGAGAGUCCAGCAGAGACAAGCAGGCUGGGUCACCUGUCCAGAUCACCCAAUCAGAAGCAGCCAGAGACAGACAAACUGCCAAUUCUGGACCAGCAUGUGGACUCAAUCAGGACUUCUGUCGUUCCGGACCCCCAUCCAGACCAGCAACAGACCUUAUCCAGAUGGCGGCCCAGCUCCCUCCGGACCAGGCGACGUUGUUUCGAUCUCUAAUGGCGAUGGAGGGGCGGAGCUUCAUCCCUGCUGAUGCCAUGGAGGCGGUCCAACUCAACAGAGACCUCCCAUCAGCCCUGAGGUUCCUGAGUCACAGCUGCCCCAUCUGUCAGGAACAGGUGUCCUUCAGCAAGAUCAUCACGAUGACCCACUGCUCCUGCUUCCUGUGUCAGUCGUGUUUCAAGUUGUUUUUCUUGGCGGCCAUUAAAGAGCGCAGCGUGGAUCAGCUGGUGUGUCCUCAGUGUGGCCGCCCGGAGGUCCGAGGUCCGGGAGGGCUAGAGGAGUCCAUGGACUAUUUCAGCCUGUUGGAUACUCAGAUCCGUCACUUUCUGCCUCCUGAGAUCCACGAACUCUUCCAGAGGAAGCUCAGAGACAGAGCCCUGCAGGAGAUGCCCAACUUCUGCUGGUGUGCUCACUGUUCCUUCGGGAUGCUCCACGAGGCCGACAGAUUGAGGAUGGACUGUCCCAGCUGUAAGAAGAGCACAUGCUCCAAGUGCAGAUCACCUUGGUUUCCUCAGCACCAGAGUCUCUCCUGUGAGCAGUUCAGAGUCUGGAAACAGCAGAACCAACCAGAUCAUCACAGCAGCCCCUUGCUGUACACCAGCAUCGAGUGUCCAAACUGCCAGCUGGUCUUCAGCCUAUCCAGAGGAGGAUGUCUCCACUUCACCUGCAGUCAGUGUGGCCAUCAGUUCUGCGGCGGCUGCAGUCAGCGCUUCACUCUGGGAUCUGCCUGCGGCUUCUCUGCUGACUGUGGAAACAAAGGUCUUCAUGCCCACCACCCCAGAAACUGCCUUUACCACCUGAGAGACUGGAGUGUGACCCGCCUUCACCUGCUGCUGCAACAUUACAGAGUGUCUCCCUCCUGGUUGGAACCAGCCAGUGGUAGCCCACCUGACAUCGGUCUGGCAGCAGUGUGUUUGGUUUUGGAGCUGAGAGACGACAGCAGCAGACAGGAGGAGCCCUGUGGACGACCUGCACGACCCGAGUACAAAGGAUACUGCCACAGGUUGCACUAUAAGGAGCGAUUGGUGGAGCUUAUCAACCGUUGCCGUGCCGACCCUGCAGUCUUGUUCAGUCCGGCCGAGAUGAUGGUUGAGCUGCAGCGCUGGCAGGUCGCCGUGCCGACCAGGAAGCCUGAUGAACCGGAGGCGCUGUACGCACACCGGCUCUGCCUGGUCAGUGACAUCAUCACAGACACUGCUCACCUGUCGACAGCUUCAUGUCUGUUUAGGAAGUUUCUGUAUGUUUCUGCAGUCAGGACGGGAAUUUGUCAGAACCAGUUUCAGUCUGACGUCAGUAAAAGCUCUGGUCCGGCGGUAAAGUGACGCUGUGGAACACGGAUCACAAUCAUCUGUGUGUAGUUUGAGGCUCAGGAUGUUUCCUGUCUGACCAAAAGAAUCCAUCAGUGACAUCAUAACUCAGCAGUCAGGAGAAAUGAAGCUUCACAAUAAUCAAUUCAGUGAUCUUUAGACUGAUUAUUGAUGAGUAAUUGUUGGGGGCAGCUGUAGACCACGUUCUGCUGCCUUUAGACCUGUUAAUAUUUAAUAACCCCUCAGUGUGGAUCAGUACUGGUGGCCAACAGAGAACCACUGAACAGAACCAAACCUCUGACAGAACCAACUCAUGAGCCAUAAAGUAUGGUCACAGUAUGUUCUGUUUGAACACCAGUGUUAUAAGACCUGAGGUUUACAGCUGGAAACAGGACAGAAACCGAGUGUUUCCAAUCAGCUGCAGCUUCGACACAUUCCAGCUGACGGAUUAAUGAUUAAAUUAUAAUAAAGGAUUAAUGGCCAAUCACAGUGCAGGAUUCUCUUUCUCUGCAGACGCUGACCAAUAGCGUUCCUCUCAGGAAGCAACGCCACUC